CAACCACUGUCCAUAAACAAUUCAGAAAAAUAUGCAUCAUGCACUUAACAAUACCUACAAAAGUCCUCUAAAAAUCUCUUACAAAAAGUCUUUUUGAAAAGAAUAUUGGAUUUUUUGCAAUUAUGGUUUGUUUUAGCUUUUUGUAAUUUACCUUAGCUGCCUGUUCUGGGUAGCCAAGUAAACACAAGCGUGUCAACUAGUUUAUCCUUCACUUCCCUUCUUCUCUCUUUUUAUUCUCUCUCUCUCUCUCUCUCUCUCUCUCUGUUUCUUUUUCUACUUCUUGUUCUUGUUUAUGAUUUGCCAUUGAUCUCUCUCUGUGUCUCUCUCUUUCUUUCCCUCUUUUCAAGAAACAAACAAAGCUGGUCUCUGGAUCUGCUACAUCUUGCAGAUGUAGAAUCUGUACAACUGGAUAUGAAAUAUAUGUUGAAAAAAUGUCUCCAGAAAACAUCCAAAGCCCCAUUGCUGUUUGAAUUUUUCAUUCAUCUUGAUUUGAAGAAGAAGACGAAGAAAGGUUUUGAAACAUUAGUUCACUUUACUAAAGAGUCUCAUGGAAGAAAAGCAAUUGGAUUUUAAUCAGCCACUUCUAUCUGUGAGGAGGUUCUCAUCAACAGGAUCAACUACAGAAGCUGAUAACAAAAGGAAAACUGAUAAUACUCGCCCUAAAGUGCCCCCUCUUCCUGUCUACAAAUCAGAAUUGAAAUCUGGCCCAGUGAGGAACCCGGGAACUGUUCCUUUUGUAUGGGAGAAAACCCCAGGAAGGCCCAAGUAUGAAAGCAAACCACAAACAGUAACCCUUGCACAGCCUCCUGUUGUCCCAAAGCUUCCACCAGGGCGGAUUUUGAAUGUUGAAAGGCAAGCUUUAGAUAAAAGUUCUGAAGGCACGGCUGCUGGUCAGUUGGAAGCAAGAAAUGGCCCUUCUGGUUCUUACAGUGUUCCAUCUUUGGAUAAAAAUGUAACUGAAGAAGAGAGCUCCAGAGAAGUGAAAGAGGGGACAUAUAUUUCUGGUUCAGAUGAUGAUAAUGAGGCCUAUGAAGAUGCACUUGAUACACUUUCCCGAAGUGAAUCUUUCUUCUUGAAUUGCAGUAUAAGCGGAGUAAGUGGUUUGGAUGGUCCAGAUAUGAAACCAUCUGGUACUUUCUCAACAGAUCCACAUACUCGAGAUUUCAUGAUGGGUCGAUUCCUGCCUGCAGCAAAAGCAAUGGCUUCAGAAACUCCUCAACAUUCUACUAAGAAGCUCCCUGUUGUACAAGAACAACCAAGAAAGAUAAAGAAAAUAGUAACUGUGGAAGAACAUAAUAAAUUCAAUCAAUGCAGAAGACUAAACAAUAUACCACAUUAUGACCAAGCUGAUGUACUGGAAGAAACUGAACAUGAGGAUGAUUAUUAUGAUGGACCAGAUAAUUCAUCCUUUAAAGUUUGUGGGUUGUUCCCUCGGUUAUGCUUGCAAAAUUCCUUUUGUCUUUUGAAUCCUGUACCAGGGAUGAGAAAACAGGCCCAGCUGCACAUUUCUUCAUCCCAUAUGAAAAAAGUAAAGUCUUCAUAUGCUGCUUAUUGCAACGAAACUGUCAGUGAGCAUGACAAGGACACCGUACGCAAGCAAAGAUCAUUGGGUGCAACAGGGAUGCAUGACGAUAAGAAUGAGCUGAAAAAUGAAUCAAAUAAGAUUGCUUGCAGAAGUGACUAUCAGAAAUUGGAUGGAUCAUCUCUGUAUAAGCGUUUGCAGGGUAAUGGCGCAUCACCUUACCAAGGAAAAAUUUCUCAAUCUGCUGUUCAUGAAGAAAAAGGAUAUUUAGUGAUUCCUGAUAAAUCUAAACAUUCUGGGAUGAGCGGCAUUAAUGCCGAUGGAAAUGUUGGCGAAAAUUUUCGGGAAUUAUUGGCCAAAGAAAGAAAUGAAUGGGAAUCAACUUCUGCUAGUCCCGUGGUUGAGAAAACUCUGUACAUAGAUUCUGUAUAUAUGCUAAAACCCCAAGUUUCAAAUUCAAGUUCUUCAGAUAUGAAAGGCGUAAUUGAUUAUGGAAGAGAAGCUGUCGAUGAUUCUUCACUUCAAGCUAUGAAGCAUUUUGAAGCUGCAAGUGAAAAGGGAAAUAUGGUAGCUGAAAGUCUGGAGUCUGCUGAUUCUUGUCCAUCAUCUGGCAGAUCAAUGCAUGAUGUGAAAAUGGUUGUGAUGGAUAAUUCCAGGCAUGAUCAAGACCUUUUAGGCACCUCUUUUACCCCAGCAAGCCCAAAAGUGGAUAAGGAUGGGAAGAUUAAAUUGGAAAGACUAUUGGGUCAGAAAUCUGGCAACUUAGAAAGCUCUCAUGGUCUCUUCCAGGAUCCUAUCAAGAUGACAACCACAGAAGUGGCUGAUGAUGGAAAAGUUGAUUUAGAAAGCAAACUUUGUACAAAAUUAAGUGAUCAAGAGACUUCUACUGGCUGCUAUUCUCUACUACCUCCUCCCCCACCUUUACCAAAAUCUCCAUCAGAGUCUUGGCUAAAGCGGACUUUACCUGCUGUUUCCUCAAAGCACAUACGUUCAAGGUCUAAUCUCGGUAUGCAUGCUUAUCCUAGAGUUCAGGCUUCCAAAACAGACUCCCCUGAUCCUAAGUGGGAAACAAUUGUCAAAACUUCUAAUGUACAACAUGGGCACUUGCGAUUUUCAGAGGAAUUGCUGACACCAAUACCUGAAGUUUAGACUGCAAGACUCAUCUUUAGUACAAUGGCUCAAGAAUAUACUUUGCAGGAGUGCACAUUGUUUAUUGGUUUGCAUAGUUGUGAAGAUUGAAGAAAUCUGCCAUCUUCUUUGUAUUUUCAAUCUCCAAAGUGCUUCAGUUUUUUAGAAUUGGUAUACACUGUAAUUGUAAAUCAAGAAAACCAGACAAUUCUCUUCCUCUAAUAAGAAUAUGUGAUUAGUGUUUUUUU